AUGAGUGUAGACUCUACAACAAGUUUCAACACCAGUUCAAAUACAAAUAGUACCACAAACAUAGCAGAUGUUGAACCAUCAUCCAAAAGACACAAAACUCCCAGAUUUCAAGUUAAAAAAUGGACUGCGGUAGCUUUUUGGUCUUGGGAUAUUGCUGUUGACAAUUGUGCCAUUUGUCGUAAUCAUAUUAUGGAACCAUGUAUUGAAUGUCAACCUAAAGCUAUGACUGAUACUGAUACAGAUUGUGUGGCAGCCUGGGGUACGUGUAAUCAUGCUUUUCAUCUACAUUGUAUAAAUAAGUGGAUUAAAACAAGAGAAGCAUGUCCGUUAGAUAAUCAACCUUGGCAAUUAGCCCGUUGCGGGCGUUAA